CUGAACACACUCAUGCUUUAAUGAUGUUUAUUUUAUAUGUCCUGUCGAGAAGAUGUCUCAUAAGAUUCCGUUAAAAGAUGUCAAAAUCGUAUAAAUCACAUUUCAUGAUUUUGAACAAUAACAGCAAUUUAAACAUAUUUGCACCUUUUUGUUGUUUGGUUUGUUUUCUUUUUUUUAUAAAUGAAUCUACAAUAUUGAUGGUGGUAUAAACUUGGCGUCAUUAUGAACGUAUUAAGAUUUGGAUUCAUUCAGGUAGGACACCACUAAAGGCCUGGGGGGUCAAAUCCACGACCCACCACUUGAUUUUUGUCUAUAUAAUAUACUUCUAUACAUUUAUAAAUGUCACCUUUAAUACCUUUAUAUUAGUCUUUGUUACAUGCAAUAUCCUGGAGGACCAGAUGAUGUCGCUGUAAUCAAACAGUUCUCUCUAAAGUUAUAUGUAUAGGCAUUGUAAUGCAGCAUUUCUGAGAAAUCAGACAGUUGUUACAUUCUUUGAUUGUAGAUCAAAUGUUUAUUUGUGGUAUCUUCUAGAUAUGCAGCCCAUCUUAGAUUAGAUCUUGGUAUCAAACAAACACACCAUAAAAACUCAAUCUGAGGAGAGAGCUGGUUUAAUCCAGAGCAUGGUGAGAGUCUGAUAGAUGGUGUAAUCAUCAGGAUUACCAUGCAAUGCACUUUUCCACUCACACACACACCUCCUGCAGCUUUAACAGCUGUAUGUGUCUCAUCACCCCCAAUACUGAGGAGAGACCUGAGUGGUAGGAACAGCGAGUGAGACGUAGAAGUUUACCAGAGUAAACAACGAUCCUAUGAGCAUUGGGGUAUUUUAUAUUUAUACUUGGCAGGGUUUUUGUAACGAUUACACCUGAGCAUCUGUGGAGCAUCAGAUGGUUCUUAAUUUCUGCUGGGUGAUUUUUUAGUCAUUAUAUCUAAGGUAAACUGCAUGUUUCCAUUAAGGACCACUGAAAUCUUCAAUAACGACUACAGCUGCUACAGAUUUUUCCAUCUCUAUGCCUGGGAGUAGGAGCAUCGAAGUUCAGAGAUGGUUUAACAACUAAUGGGAAAUUGCAUUGAGUGCAGCAGAGAGAUGUGGAUCUACAUGACGACAAGCUUCCCGGACAAACUGCUGAUCCUGCUUUUCCUUUCAUCCCUGCUCUCUGCCCAGCUCAGCCCCAAUUUGAACUCCGGCACUUCUUCCAGCCAGGGACCCACUCCAUUAUCCUCCAAUACAAGAUGUACAGUUGAAGAAGAGCUUGCUGGCAACAUGCAGUCUCCUAGUGUGAGCACAAAUCCUCCAGUAGUAGUAGAAGAGAAAGAGCAAGACUGGUCUGUGCCUGAAAAUUACCUCUACACCGGUGAUGCCUCUCUCCUGAGUUCUUCACGCUGCAGUAAAGCUUUUCAGUUGACUGCUCAGCAUGGUGCUAUUCCACAUAACAUCAAGGCUCUCCUUUACCAGUCUACAACGUCUCUGACCAACACGGUGAACUUCCUCAACUUCAUCUUUCAGGCAAGUGAUCUAAGAGAGACCAGCUUAAGAGAAGACAUAGAUUGGUACCAUUCGCUGAUCCGAUCCAUGCUUGUUGGGGAAAGACCUAGCCUGGUGAGAAAUGCUCUUCUAAGCUUUAAUGCUGAUCCUACAACAACUCAACCACAACUGGUUCUCUUGGCCUCCAAGGGCUUAUCCCAGGAUAUCUACCUACAGGACCUCACUUUGGCCUGGGAAAAACCUCAAUCAUUGCCUCAUGGCUUUAAUCAGAGCUGGUUCAAAUUACUGAAUUCCAACAAUCCAUCCUUUCCUGGCUUGUCUAGACAGGUCCUGCGAAAUGACCUCAGCACCCUGGACACACCCAAGUGGGCACAUGGGGGCACCUAUGUAACUAAUAGUAGUGGACUUCAGUGGGGUGAAGCCCCAUUUCUGGAGUGUAUGGAAGGGCGGUACCUGCCUGGGUGGUUGCUUACACUUUCUAUGCCUUUUUAUGGACUGAAGCCAGACCUCAGUCCUGAGUUCAGAGGUGUGAUCCGUCUAGAUGUGAAUAUCCAGGAUUUCGAUGUGAACCAGUGUGCCAUUGGGAAUUUCUGGUUUGCUGACACACAUAAGUGUAACCGUACCAGCAUGGAGUGUGAGCCGAUUCUUGGGAAGGGGUUUCGUCUUGGUCAGUACUGCUGCCGAUGUAAAAACGGAUACUACAGCCUUCCAGCGGUCACAGAAGACCAGUUGGAUGAUGGUUCCAGGAUUACCCAUGGGUGUUACCCACUGAUCCCCAUGUGUGUGCCCUGCUGGCCGGGAUGUAAGCAGUGUCAGGAUGGUUCUCCGUGUUGGGUUGACCAGGACUGGAAGCUGAGAGUGGUUCUGCUCGCUGUGCACAGCUUCUUCAUGGCACUUGUGCUGAUCAGCAUGCUGAGAGUAUACCAGUGCCGGAGGACGAGGCCAAUUCGAGCAUCUGGUCUCCUGUUGCUGGAAAUCAUUCUCUUCGGCUCUCUGCUCCUUUACUUUCCCGUUUUGAUCAUAUAUUUCAAGCCCAGCACAUUUCGCUGCAUCCUGCUCCGCUGGGUGCGUUUGCUCGGCUUCGCCGUCGUUUACGGCACUGUGACGUUGAAAAUGUACAGGGUUCUUAACGUGUUCCUCUCGUGCACGGCCCAGAGACUCCCCUACAUGUCCAGCACCAGUGUGCUCAGGAUGCUGGGAGUGAUGCUGCUCACAGUCAAAUGGUUUCUGUGCGCUUGGUCUAUGGGGGUCCUUCAAAACCAAGAUCGUAACAUCCCUCUGCUGACUACGUUAACCACCUGGGAUGGGCAGAAGUUCAGAGCGUGUGAUUUGGACCGAUGGGAUUACAUGAUGGCUAUGGCGGAACUGAUGUUCCUGUGCUGGAGCAGUUCCCUCAGCAGUGCAGUGAAGGCUGUGCCCUCUGCUUUCCACGAGCCUCGCUACAUGGGCAUCGCCGUCCACAACGAACUGCUCUUCUCCACCAUGUUUCACCUCCUCAGAUUCAUAAAACCGUCUUUACAUCCUGACUGGACGCUCGUGCUGUUCUUUAUCCACGUACACAUCACCAUUACUGUAACACUUGGCCUGCUGUUCUUACCCAAGUUCCUCCACAUCUCUCAACUCAUAAAAGAGGAUAAUGCUUCAGAGAUGUGUGAGGAUGAAGUGGACCUCCGGCGUACAUGUUUACAUGCACAUAACAGUUUUACAUCCGGCUGCUGGAGUGACCACAACCUGGACCCCGAUGACAUUCAGGGUGAGCUGAAGAAACUUUAUGCUCAGUUGGAAGUCCACAAGACCAAGAAAAUGGAAAAGAACAACCCACACCUGCGGAAAAAACGCAGUUCUCGGCUCACGUUCGGCCGGUCCCUUAUUAGACGGAUAACUGAGAUGCCAGAGAGCAUGAGUCGGCAGAGUAGCCGUAGAGAUAAGGACGCUUCGAGAGCUGGAGGAACACCAAAGGGGUCUGGCUCUUUCCUGGCAACUUCUGUAAGCACUCGGGUCAAUAAGAGGAACGAGACAGCGGAGCCGCCGUCUCCACCGGUGAGGGGGACCGUGAUGAAAAAUUCUUCAGUGAAAAGCUGGAUGAACAAGAGUUCCUCAGAGACAGAGUCCAUCGAUAAAGCACCAAUCUUCUACAAGUCAUUCAGUGCUCAAAACCUAACUGUAGACAACAACUUUCUACAACCGGUGUCCACUCGGGUUCAGAAAUCUUUUAGUUUUACAGAACACCACAGCGAUCGCCAUCUGCUUUCGCCUAAUAAGAGCCUGGUGGAAACGGCAGAAAGUUUAAAAACAAAUCUAAAAGAUCAGUUUGGCAACGCUGAUGUUCAAGACGAACAAACUUCAGGCUUAAAUAUGGCAAACCAAAAACAUGCUGAGGAACAAACCAUACCACCAACGUUUACAUCACCCCCCUCACUAAUAUACGUUUGCCCCUGGGAAUUUGCCUCCUCCUUGACCUGCUCUUCUCCCCCUGCAACAAAAACAGAGAGUGGUCUGAAUUCAGAUGUUGAAUCAUCAAGACCAAAACUUUCGAUCUCCUCAAGUGCUCCCGGAUCACCAUACAGCUUUCCCAAUCUGAUGGCCCACUAUGGUUUAUCUUCCCAAUCUGCCACACAGACGCUCCAACUAGCAAAGAGCAUGGUGGACAAAAAAGGAAGGAGUAAAUAUAACAGUAAAAAUGAACUUAUCAGAGAGAAGGGCACAUUCCACCCAGCCAGAUCAGCCACUCUAAGCAGCGCUAUCAAGUCGAUAAAAAGGACACAAACACCAAGACGAUUAAUGACCAGUGAUGAUUCAAAACCAUGUCUUGUUAAACAGGCAGCAAUAAGAGUCUCCCCAGAGAGGAAGUCCAUAAACAAUCCCUCUUCACAUAUCCACCUGUGGGGGUCAGCGUAUGAAAAUAUAACACAAAGUCAAAACUGUGGCGAGCGACGACCGCGUCUGACCGAAAGCACGAAAGACAGAGGUUCUUCAACUGUUCCAAGGUCAACAGAGUAUCAAUGGGACAUUCUGAACAAGACUCGUCCACAAACCACCAUCGCUGAUAUUUGCCCCUGGGAAGUGAUGCAACAAGAUCAAAUGAAACAAAUAACAUCAAACAAAGAUAUUUGUUCACAGGAAUCCCUGGGACAGGCAUCAAGAAUUAAUUAUGAACCUCGGAAAGGAAUUGAGCAACACCACCUCCUUACUGAGGCAGAAAUGCCCCCCGGCGAUGUUGAACAAGAUCCUGCCAAAGUAGUUUCCGAGGCAACAAAGCCAACUGAAAGAGUUAUUUAUGUAAAUUCUCGUCUAGAAGCAAAGAGGCAGAAUCCGGUGCGACAGGAGACACUUCGGACUGAGGUCUGUCCAUGGGAAACAUGCGACACCCAGACAAACCAGGAGAUGAGGUGUGUUGAUGUACAUCCCUGGAAAUCAAAUGCAAGACUACGAAAAAACUCAGAUUCCAAAUGUCUACCAAGGCUUUUAACAAAACAACUUACCGGUGCUGCACAUGUGGAGAUGCGCCCAUGGGAUAUUCCUGAGGGAACUUCCUGCAAAUGGGAAUCAGAACAUCUAGAGAAACCAGGCGAUGAUGUAAAGAAAACUAGAGCAACAAAACAGCCGACAAGCACAGCAGAAACCUGUCCAUGGGAUUUCCCAGAGUCAUCACCUACUGUGAAAGACUAUCUGAGGGAGUCAAAGGAAACAUCACUGAAACCAAAACAAGGAGACACGACAUGGCUUGUGUCCAAGAAAGAAGAUCUCCAUCCUGAAGAAGCAGAGGUGACGGAGAGGUCAGAAGGGAUUACCAUAACAAAGGAAACUGAUAUUUCAGUCCUAGAAAGAGAAUGUGUGCAUGCUAAGAUCAGUCUUUGGGAAACCAUUAUGCUAGAAAGCGAACAGCCGGGGAAAUCUAACGCCGAUUCCGUGUAUACAGAUGACUCUGAGGAGCAAAGAGAUGAAAAUGAUGCUGAUAUCCCCCCACAAGAAACCAAACAAUCAGCUCAAAGUCAAAAUAAUCUUGAAGUGCACAUGUAUCCUUGGGAUCUAGAGGUCUCAGAAAGGGAAAUGAAGGGGAAAAGAGUCAAUCGGCCUCUGACUCGAUGUGAUGCUUUGUGUCCUUGGGAAAUGAAAGGAGGAGCGAAUGCACUUGACCCUGAUAACUCCAAUAUCUUCACCUGGGAGGAACCAAUAGCAGAAGAUGAAAGUGAUGCAGAAACGGCAGCAGAGGCUUUUAUCUUCCCACCUGACUUAUGAGUUCAAAGCUCAAUAACAUGUGCUUCGUUUUAACAAAUUGGACCACCACAGUAACUGUAGACAUCGAUGUACUAAACCACUGCAAAUCAACUGCUAAAAUUAAUGUCCAGGUCCAGUUCCUUUUUAUCCAACAACAUUUAAAGCACAAGGAUCAUUGAGGGACAUUUUAUCUGCAU